AUGCGCAAAAUACAAACUUUUUCAUUAUCAAUAUCAAUAUCACACUCAUAUGAUUUCAAGAAUGAAACUUGGUCAUUUGAAUGUUCUUCACAAAUUUAUACUGUGAAAAUAACUGAAACUAAACAAGUUGGUUCUUCAUUAAUACAACUGGAUUGUAAAGAUAAAGAAUCUCAACACCUGAUAUACAAGCUAUAUAAAGGUGAUGCGACCAAAUUUUCUAUGGAAGAUCACGGAGAGCUAAAACUCAAAAAAGAAAUAGACACCGACAAAGAGGACAAUUUCUGGACAGUAGAGGUUGAGGUCCGCGACCAUGGAGUCCCUCGACUUGAUACGUUUGUGCAUAUCAAUAUAUUUGUUGAGGAUGUUGACGAUCAUAAGCCGUUUUGGCAUCCUGCAAAUAAUGGAACAUAUACAGUGUCUAUUAUUGAAAAUUCUGACGUUGGCACCUUUGUUGCCAUGGUGACUGCUAUAGAUGAUGACAGACCCGGAACAAAACAUUCUAAAAUCAAAUAUGCCAUCGAAGACAUGACAAAAGCAUUUACUAUUGAAAGCAAUACUGGAAAAAUAAUUGUUGCUAGUCCAGAUCUAGACCGAGAAGACAAAGACCACUACAAAUUGUCUGUUUCAGCACAUUCUUCAGAUAUGAUAUCAGAGAAAAUAUUUGGUGAAAUUUCUAUAAAGAUUACGGAUGAAAAUGAUAAUUAUCCAGUGUUUUCGCAGGAAAUAUACUCUGCUGCUUGGCCUGAAGACACUAAAAUAAAUUCCGUUUUGCUCAGUGUUCGUGCUAGUGACGUCGAUGAAGGCAGGAACAGAAAGAUAUCAUACUCAAUACAAGAUGGAAAUAUGGACGAUGGCUGUCGAAUGUCAGUUGACAAGAACUUAGGGAAAAUAUCAACGGAUAGCCAAUUCGAUUAUGAACGUAAACAAUCGUGUUUUCUAACUGUUGUCGCUAGUGACGAUGGCAACAAACCUUUGGUGGCGACAGCCAGCGUUUUGGUCAGUGUAACAGGCGUCAAUGAAUUCCCUCCAAUGUUUGUUCGCCAAUCCUAUACUGUUUCCGUUCUAGAAGAUAUCACUUCAGGAACAUCGAUGACACAAGUGCAGGCAAAUGAUGAAGAUCACGGCGAAGAUGGGUUCAUUACUUAUUCUAUAGCUACUCAUUCAGACAUUUUCACCGUAGACAAAGACAGUGGAAUAAUCCGACCAGUGAUUGCAUUAGACAGUGACACUACUGGUUCAUAUCUGGUAGAAGUUCAUGCGAUCGACCAAUCAAAAACUGCUAAACAAACAGGAACAACGACUUUGACAGUAGUGGUUGAUGAUGUAAACGAAGUAGGUCCCUUGUGUAAAACAGUGGCAAGUGUAGAAGUACCUUCAUCCUCUAUCGUUGGAGAUUUGGUUUACGAGUUAAAGUGUUCCGAUUCAGAUGUGGGACCAAAUGGUGAUUUGUCAUAUACUAUUAACAAAGGCAAUAUCAAUUUAGAUUUUACAAUCGACUCACAAGGUCACAUAGUUGUGGCUAAAGUAUUAAGCAAACCUUUCUACAACUUGGAGGUUGCCGUUUUCGAUGGUGGGAUUCCACCAAAGAAAAGUCCAGUUCAUAUCAAGGUAAAUGUCAUUGGAGAACCUGAAUUUUUGCAGUUGCCAAAAACUUUAGAUAUAAAUGAAGAUGACAAGAUAGGCGAUGUCAUAUAUGUCGUUAAAUCUACGUCCAAAUACCAGUUUAUGAGAUUUUCUAUCAAAUCUGGCAACAGUGAUGGUGUAUUUGGUAUAAAUGAUGUAACAGGUGACAUUUAUUUAAUAUCUAAUCUUGAUCGAGAACAGACACCUUCAUACUCACUUACAUUGCAACUUACAGAUAUCAUUUCAAAACUUACCUCUACAAGUUCUGUCAAUAUUCGGAUUAAGGACUCCAACGAUAACAUACCAACAUUCGAUAACAGUUUCGACGAAUUUUCAGUUAUUGAAAAUAUUCCAAUAAAAACUACCAUAGGUCAGGUUUCAGCAAGGGAUACAGAUGAGGGAAUUAAUGCAGUAGUUGAAUACUCCGUGCAAUCAGGGAACAUUGGAAAUACGUUUACCUUAUCAACAAAGGGGGAACUUAUUUUAAACAAAGCAUUAGAUGCUGAAGCUAUUGCAGAUUAUAUUUUAACAAUCAUCGCGCAUGAUAAAGGCAAACCGUCUCUAACCGGAACCACAACAGUUGUCGUUCUUGUAAAGGACUUUGAUGAAUUUCCAAUCACUUUUAUAACUGGCAAUCCUUUUAAAUAUACAAUACCUGAAAAUGCUCCUCUUGGUGCAUAUAUUUUAGCAGUUAAGGCGGAAGAUCCAGAUAAAGGUGCGCAAAUACAUUACCAAAUAACAGACGGGAAUGAUGGUUCUUUUAAUAUUGAUAGUAAAUCAGGGAACAUAAUACUAGGUAGACGUGUGGACCGUGAAAACGUUCCGGAAUAUAACUUGACAGUAGUAGCUGACAAUGGGGCAGGUGACAAAACAUCAACAGUUGUGGCGAUUACCGUGUCUGAUAUAAAUGACCAUGACCCAUAUUGUCAGCAACAUUUCAUAUCAGCAAAUGUACAUGAAAACGAGACUAGUGGUACCAUAGUAACGAACAUAAAGUGUGAUGACAAAGAUAUUGCAGAAAAUGCAAAUUUGAUGUAUAGCAUUAUAUCUGGAAAUACCGGAAACGGUUUCCGAUUGAACAACACUUACAUUGUCGUAAAUAGUCCACUUGAUUACGAAACCAUUAAUAAUUACAUAAUUGGGAUAGAGGUUAAGGAUCAAGGGAGUCCUCCGAGGUCAUCGACCAUUCUGGUUACAGUUGACGUUUUUCCGUUUUAUAAAUCGCCUAAACUUUACGAAACAAAGGUAAAAAUAAAUAUCAGUGAAGGUAUAAUUGUUGGAACUACAGUUUACGACAUUGAUGCUACUUUGAAUGGGGCAACGGAAGGGACGUGGAACAUACCUGGAGAUUUAGAGUACGUUUUACAAAGUUUAAAUGACGCAAAAUAUUUUUCUACAGACUUUAAUACUGGGGAAAUUAUUAUAUCUGGAAAUCUAGACAGAGAAAACAUAAAACGUCAUAAGUUAAUUGUCAAAUGCGUAAACAGAUAUAAUAGAAAUUUGUAUGAUAUUUUGACUAUUGAAAUUGACGUGUUCGAUGUUAAUGAUAAUUCGCCUUUCUUUUCGAACGCUGCUUACAUCUUCCUCGUUGACGAAGAUGCAAAUAUAAGUUCCUCGGUAGGAAAAGUAGAGGCUGUUGAUUAUGAUAUCAAUGAAAACGCUGAUUUAGAAUAUGACAUCGUUGCUGGUGAGCAUUCAGAUUCGUUUGUCAUUAACUCAACUUCUGGAAUAAUAUCCGUCAACAACUCCCUUAACGCGUCAGUACAGAAGGGUUAUGUAAUGUCUGUUGAAGUUACUGACAACGGCAGUCCAAGACGUAGUAGUAGAGCUAAGGUUAUGAUUAAGGUCAACGAUAUAAACAACCAUAAGCCUCGUUUUCGACAAACUAUGUAUUAUGUUGAUGUUCGGGAAGAUGUUGAUAUCGGAGACAUCAUCUAUCAACUACAAGCAGAUGACCCUGAUCUUGAUUUAAAUGGCAAGGUGACAUAUUCAAUAGAAUCUGGGAAUGAUGAAAUAAACUUCGGAAUACAUUUGCAAGAAGGUCAUAUCUAUAUAUCUGAAAAACUUGAUAGAGAAAAAAACGAAACGUAUAAUAUGAAAAUAAUUGCCAAAGAUGGUGGUGUUCCAUCUAAAACAUCGACAACAUCAUUACGUGUAACUGUAAUUGAUGUUAAUGACAACAAUCCAAUAUUUUCGCGCGCGAUUUAUGAUGUAAAAAUUGAUAGAUUUAUUACAGCAGGAAAAGUGAUUGCAAAAGUUCAUGCAACCGAUUCCGAUAAAGAUUUAAAUUCAAAAAUUGAUUUCUUUAUAAUUGAUGGGAAUGAAGAUAAUUUCAUUUUGAUAAAUAUAAGCACUGGAGAAAUAAAGACGAAUGCGUUUCUUCAUAUGGCAGCAGAUUUUCACAAAAUUGUAAUUAAAGCAGCAGAUAACGGAUAUCCUAGGCUAAGUGCGACGGCUAAAGUAAAUAUAGCAAUUUAUCCUUCCGUAAUUAAUCAAGGAUCUCAUUUUGAAUUCAGUGUACUAGAAAAUGUUUCAAUAGGAACCUAUGUUGGCAAAGUACUACAGGAUAAUAUUCAUGGUCAACAAGGUCAAGCAUAUUUUAGUUUAUUAGGUGGAGACAGUAUUGGUUUAUUUUCAAUCGAGCAGGCUAGCGGAAUAUUAAGAACAGAGGAGUUUUUCGACAGAGAGGAUGUAGAUGAGUACUUUUUAACCAUUUCAAUCGUAGACAGACUAAAUAAUAAAACAAACUAUCAUAAAUUAGUUCAUGUUAUAAUUGACGACAUAAAUGAUAGCAAUCCAUGGUUUUUAAUGCCAUAUAGAGAAAUUUCUGUGGUAGAAAAUAGUCCAGUCGGUUUGCCUGUCGUACAGUUUUCGGUAACAGAUGAUGACAUCAAUGAAAAUGGAAAUAUUACUUUGUCCAUUGACCCCUCAGAUCCGCUGGCAAAUGCUCUUUUUGAAAUGAACAAUGAUAAAUCUAUGCUUGUCCUUAAAAUUAUACCGGAUUAUGAAAUGAUUUCUGAUCUAGCAUUAACUGUAUUUGCUGAGGAUGCAGGCUAUCCCCCAAGAACGGCAACAGCUGAAGUAGUGGUUAAUAUUAUAGAUGUCAAGGAUACCAAACCAUACGAGGAUAAACCUGCUACUUAUUUUUCAUUAGAAUGUGCAUUAAAUGCACAUAAUGGCGAAAGUUUAACAACAUUCACACCUCAUGAUUUCGGAAUAUACCAGUCAUUAGCAGACCCCGUAAAGUUUGUAACCAUGAAUAAAGGAGGUGUGUUUGACAUACACCCGGAUAGGGGCGACUUGUAUGUUCAGAAUGAAAACUUUUUAUACAGGGAUACUCGAUAUGUAAUGUGGGGUAUAGUUCAAGCAAAGACGAAUGGUACAUGGAAUAGUGCUGCUGGUGUCAUUCGUGUAGAUACAUUGAUUCCAAACCAACAUAUGGUGAUAAUAGAGCAUGAUGUUCCAGUUACUACUGUCAGGGCACAAAGGUGUGACUAUAAAAAUUGUUUAAACAAAAUCAUCAAACUUUCAGGUACCAUGCUUAUAAAAGAGGGACGAAAGAUACCAAAGGGACAGUCAAACUCAGAAAUCGAAAAUAAACUGACGAAUAUGUUAAAGUAUGCAUUGCAGGCAUUAUUUCCUCUAGAAAAUCGAGUUGGGAUAUGGGAUAUAAUAGACGAAGAUACUGUCGUGGGCAGACGAAAAUUGUUGUCAACAAGAUCGAAAUCCCUAGUAUACGUUGUAAAAGAUCGGACAACGGAUACUUUAGAAGGGGUUCAGAAAGAAAAAUCAUUCUUAACGCAAAAUGACAUUUUGAAAGUCCUUCGUCGAUCAGAUGAUGGUACACCAGCAUACCCUCUCGAAUCUAAAUCAUUUGAUACCUUUCCUGUAAAUUCGGUUAGUCCGUACAGACAGGAAGAACCUUCCCCGCCAUCUUGGUUCCAGACAGAUGUAGGAAUAGCUGUCGUAUUGACCAUCAUCUUCAGUUUGAUUUUAUUAGCCACUAUAUUGUCGUUAUAUUUCUAUUGCACCAGAGAAAGUUCAGAGGGAUUUGUUGGAUCAUCAAAACUUUUUAUUAAAUUUCCAAGCGAUAGUGACAUGUUAUCUGACCAAGACUAUCCAGACAACAGACAUUCACGGCUGUUCAAACCAUGGAACGCAUCGUGCACGUCAAUAAAUGGUACACAAAAUGAAUACAUAACUAGACAAGAACGAUGGGAAGACAUGCUUGACAAGGCAGGAUUAGGAUUUCAGACUUUGAGAAAACCAGUGGGACCGCCUAUGCCAUAUCAUCUUAAUCGAACCAAAAGUGAUUUAACACAAAAGAAGCUCAACCCCUGGAUAUUUAAAUAUAGAGAUGACAAACCGGAUGUCGAUCAACUGAAUAAUUCUUUAACUGCCUAUUCAACGAAAGUACAAAGGUACAGCGAUUAUUGACACGACUUUGCCUUAAAUGUCUAAAUUAUAUUAUCUCUU